AUCUGGAAUCGAGUUUUCUAAUUAAAUACCACAGGUCUGCAUCUUGUUUACAUGGUCAGAUAGAUUAUCUCAUAAGAAACACUCUCGAGGGCGGAGAUGACCAAAUUUGGACGAUCUAUGUUUCCACCACCUUCCACCGAUGCAGACUCCUCAAUACGUUCCACCGACUCGGAUGCUGCGCUCGCCAAGCUAUCAGCAGUUCAAAAGCAAUAUCUUAGCGAUCCAUACAUUCAAUACUUUUGGCUCUCUCUGUCCCACGAUGAAGGGAAACAAUGCCAGAUUGUGAGCCUUGGGGCGGGCAGUGAUACGCGAUAUUGGCGAAUUGCGGCAGGCCCUCAGAAGGAUGCCCUAUCGACCUAUAUAGAGAUUGACUUCCCUGAAAUAACAAGUAAGAAAGCGAUGGCGAUCCGGAAGAGUAAACAGUUGAGCGCUGUCUUGGGCAACCCAGCUGAUGUUAAAGUCUCUGGUGGAGGAACUGCUCUCCAUGCUUCCAAGUACCACCUUUUACCUGCCGACCUUAGACUCUCCCCGCAAGAGACCUUGGGUCUUCUUCUAACACAAAACUCGAAACCUCUGCUCUCGCCCUCACUCCCGACACUUUUACUUUUCGAAUGUGUUCUUGUAUACAUGUCACCAUCCACCUCCUCGUCUCUUCUCAAGUGGUUCUUGCAUUACUUCUCCCAGUCUGGCGACAACGGUCUUCUUGGAACUAUCGUAUAUGAAAUGUUUGGUCUUCAAGACUCUUUUGGACGCGUUAUGGUUGACAACCUCAAGGCACGCAAUGUCUCUCUUCCCGGGGCAGAACCAUAUUCCACCGUUGAAACGCUUCCCACUCGUUUCACCAGCAUUGGAUAUACAGCCGCUCGGGCACUUACACUUCGAGACAUCCGGCUUCAAUACAUCGAACAAACAGAAUUGAAUAGGAUAUCAACUCUCGAGUUCCUGGACGAGGUGGAAGAACUGGAUCUGGUCCUUAACCAUUACGCUAUUACGUGGGGGCUUUGGCAUCCUGGAACUGACACAAAAGCAUUGUGGGGUAUGUGGGGUCUCAAGACGCAGUUCAGUCCAGGAAACACUUGAUUACACACGAUUGACGAUAGCGAAGCGGUAUAGAAGUCUGAAUACAACCAAAUCAUACGAGACU